AUAAUCCCCAUCUCCACACCCGUCGCUGUCUCGUCCAUCUGUCUCCGAGGAGCUCGAGCUCGAAGUACCCGGCGGCCCGGCCCAAGGACCGCCCCCGUGCUCCACAGUCGGGGCGGCGGAAGAGACAGAGAAGCGUGGCUGCUGCGUGGGGAUCCAGCUGAUGCGGCGGCGGCAAUGGGGGUUUGGGAUUCCAUCCUCCCCGGCGGCGGCCGGCGCUUCAUCAAGCGCAAGGACAGCGACGCCGGCGAGGCAGGUAGGGCAUUAGAGGAACUGAGGGGCUCAUUGUAUAAUGACUUCCAUACUUCGGACGGGGCCAAGCGCCAGCAGCAGAGAUUUUGUGGCCCUAUCGUUGCACUGACGUUCAACUUUGUGGUUGCUGUUGGAAUCAUCAUGGCAAACAAAAUGGUGAUGGGCACUGUUGGAUUUAACUUCCCAGUUGCACUAUCAUUAAUUCAUUACCUUUUUGCUUUGGUUCUAAUGGCCGUCCUCAAGGCAUUAUACUUGCUGCCAAUUGCUCCUCCUUCAAAAUCCACUCCUUUCUCCUCAUUAUUUGCUUUGGGUGCUGUCAUGUCUUUCUCCACUGGGCUUGCCAAUAUCAGCUUAAAGCAUAAUAGUGUAGGUUUCUAUCAGAUGGCUAAGAUAGCUGUAACUCCAACAAUAGUUGUAGCAGAAUUCAUUCUUUUCCAGAAAAAGGUUUCUGUUCGAAAGGUUAUCACGCUGGUUGUUGUCUCAUUUGGUGUGGCUGUUGCAACCGUUACUGAUUUGGAGUUCAAUUUUUUUGGUGCUUGUGUAGCACUUGCUUGGAUUAUUCCUAGCGCUGUGAACAAAAUCCUGUGGUCAAAUUUACAACAGAGUGGAAAUUGGACAGCUCUUGCGUUAAUGUGGAAGACGACCCCAAUUACCAUAUUUUUCUUUAUUGUUUUGAUGCCAUUGCUGGACCCUCCAGGCCUUCUGUCUUUCAAAUGGGAUUUCAAGAACAGCAGUGCAAUUAUUAUAUCUGCUUUGUUUGGUUUUCUUCUUCAGUGGUCUGGUGCUUUGGCACUCGGUGCAACCUCAGCUCUCGCUCAUGUUGUGCUAGGUCAAUUCAAGACAAUUGUUAUAAUGCUAUCUGGUUAUCUGGUAUUUAACUCUGACCCUGGAUUCACCAGCCUCUGCGGAGCUGUCAUUGCCCUUGCUGGGAUGUCAGUGUAUACAUACCUAGGAAUGAAAGAAUCAGCCACCAAUGGUAGGAGAAAUUCCUUAAACUCAAGGCAAAAUUCUCAUUUGCUGAAGUCCAAAGUUAUUAUAGAUGGAGAGAAGCAGGAAACAAGGACUGUCGAUUCUGUAUAAGUUGUAGAAUUGCCAUCCUGCUUGGUUUAAAGAACCCCCCGGAAGCACUGAGGCAGUAGGAGAACGAAAGCUAUUAUUCUUAUGGCAACAUUGGUCAACUUCAUUUUUUGUUGACCAUAUCCGUUUUGUGUAGGAUUGAUUCUAGUUUUAGGAAAUUUUGGUCACUGUUCUACCCAUGUGUCGUCAUGCUACUUGUCUUGUGGAUUCUGUUUAUGAGAAAAUGGAUGAACAGAGGUGACAACAGACCCUGGUCAAAUUUGAUCUUGUGCAAGGCUGAAGUUUUGUACUCAUAAUAUUGUUCUUCUGGAAAAUCCUGCUUAUAUUCAAGACUUUAGUACCGACAAUUGUUCAUUGAAAA